AUGGCGGUGACAAACGAAGAACUCCAAGCAGCGAUUUUGCAGCUUCUCCAGCGGUUGGCUGUUCCACAAGCAACGAACCCAGAGCAAGUUUUGGAAUCCCUGUCGACGAACAGCAGCGAGUUCUGCUUCGAUCCGGAGAACGGCACCACAUUCGAAAAAUGGUUUGCCCUUUACUCGGAUUUGUUUGAAAGCGACGCACGAAGUCUGGACGACGCAGCAAAAGUUAGGCUUCUGCUCCGGAAGUUGGAAACGUCCUCUUACAGUCGCUACGUCAACUACAUCCUUCCGAAACUACCAAAGGACGUCACGUUUGCCGAUACCGUCAAGACACUCACAACGAUCUUCGGCAGACAGACCUCCGUAUUCCACAAACGCUACCAGUGCAUGCAGCUACUCAAGUCCGAGGCCGACGACAUAAUCACCUAUGGCGGAAACGUCAACAGGGCAUGUGCAGAGUUCGAGUUCCAGAAUUUGAAGAUUGAUCACUUCAAGUGCUUGAUUUUCGUCUGUGGUCUCAAAGCACCACGCUACGCGGACAUUCUAGCAAGGCUUCUAUCACGGAUUGAAGGUGAAACGGCUGAUGCUCCGGUGACAAUUCAAACUCUGAUCGACGAGCUCCAGCGGCUCGUCAACAUCAAGUCGGACACUACGAUGAUCGAACAUCCAUCAAGUUCGAAGAAUUCGGUCCAUAGCAUUUCGGAGAAGAAACCCGGAAACCAGCAUCGUCCACUGAAAACGGAAAGCAUGUCCACUCCUCGUACUCCAUGCUGGCAGUGUGGUCAGAUGCACUACGUCCGUGACUGUCCAUCUCUGCAAGUUUUCUGUUCGAAGCGACCAGUUCCGUUCAACACGAUUCCGCUGGUGGAUGCAGAAUUAACACGUCUUCAGUCUCUGGGAAUCAUCACGCCGUUCGAUUUCUCAGAGUGGGCCGCUCCGAUUGUAGCAGUACGCAAGCCGAAUGGUAAAGUUCGCAUCUGUGCGGACUACUCCACGGGACUCAAUGAAGCGCUUGAAGCAAACCACUAUCCUCUACCUACCCCGGAGGAGAUCUUCGCACAGCUCAACGAAAGCACCAUAUUCAGCAUCAUCGACCUUUCCGAUGCAUACCUGCAAGUGGAAGUAGAUGAAGAAUCGAAGAAGUUCCUCACCAUAAAUACGCAUCGAGGCCUCUUCCAAUUCAACCGGCUCGCUCCAGGGUUGAAGUCAGCGCCUGGAACAUUCCAAAGACUGGUUGACAGCAUGAUAGCCGACAUUCCUGGUGUUCGGUCGUUUCUUGACAACGCUAUUAUCUUCGGAAGAACCUGGGAAGAACACAAGGCGUCACUAGACAAGCUACUACAACGUCUAGGGGAAAAUGGGUUCCAUGUCAAGCAGGAAAAGUUCCAUUUCUUCCACACCGAAAUCAGAUAUUUGGGGCAUAUCGUCGAUCGAAACGGCAUCCGUCCGGAUCCAGAGAACCUUCAAGCCAUCGCCUCUAUUCCGGCACCCACCCGAAGUGCGAUCGUUCCUGGAAGCCGUUAA